UGAUGAUGAUGGUAAACUACCUGCGGUGUGCCACGCUGCUGUCAUUGCUGCAGCUAAUUGCAGGGGUUCCCAUCAUUCCGGGGGAAGGGGGAGUGGUUACAUCUCCUCCUGACUCGGUCAGCCAGCAGUCCAAACCAUCAUCAUCUGUCCCUCCACCAACCGAGGCUGACUUGACUUACAACAAUGACGACUAUGAUUAUGAAGAAGACAUCAUUGAUGAAGACACGCCCCCUCCGGCCCACCCACCCAUAUCGGACCACCUCCCUCGGUUCAUAGUGUCGCUCCCUGAC